AUGUUCUUUUUGAAAGAUUUGUCAUUGAAUUUGACGUUACAUCCAUCCUAUUUCGGACCACAGAUGGAUCAAUAUUUGAGAGAUAAGCUUUUAAGCGACGUGGAAGGAACCUGUACUGGUCAAUUUGGGUAUAUCGUAUGUGUAUUAGAUUGCAUGAAUAUAGACGUGGGAAAGGGAAGAAUAAUUCCCGGUUCAGGAAUGGCCGAAUUCGAAGUGAAAUACAGAGCUGUGGUUUGGAAACCAUUCAAGGGUGAAGUGGUGGAUGGAGUCGUCACCACCGUCAAUAAAAUGGGAUUCUUUGCUGAUGUGGGACCUUUGUCCGUGUUUGUCAGUACCCAUUUAAUUCCCUCUGAUAUGAAGUUUAAUCCAUCAGCUAACCCACCGGCUUAUGUAAGUCCUGAUGAAAAUAUUGAAAAGGGAUCCAGAGUGAGAUUGAAAAUAGUCGGUACUAGAACCGAUGUCAAUGAAAUCUAUGCCAUUGGAAGUAUAAAGGAAGAUUAUUUGGGUCCAAGUCCGAUGUGA